UUGCUGAACUAGAGAAACUAGCUGGCCUGAGUGAAGUUUUUUUCAGAUCGCAGGUACAUAUUUAGUGCUAACAGUGGCAGCCCUUGCGACUGAAACUAGUUUUUAUGCACAGAACAAGAAAAACAUCAGUGUACACAGAUGAAAAGAAGCCUUGUCCAUUGUGUCCUGAGGAGAAAUUCAAAGCUUGCUAUGGUCAUAAACUCCAUCGUCACCUCCAGAAUUUGCACUGGAAAAUUUCUGUUGAAUUUGAAGGGUACAGAAUGUGCAUCUGCCACUUACCUUGUCGUCUAGUAAAGCCAAACCUCGUUGGAGACCAGACAUUUUCAAAGAUGGGAGCCCAUUACCAUUGCAUUAUCUGUUCGGCAACUAUCGCUCGGAGAACUGACAUGAUAGGGCAUAUUAAUCGUCACGUGAAUAAAGGAGAAACUGAAUCAAGGUUUAUUACAGCUCCUGCUCCCAAGUCAUCUUACCAAGUGCUGAAAGAGUCAGACACAGAUGUGCAGGUUCUUCCCAACUACUCCACACCGCAAAAAACAGAUUCCUAUUUUAACCCCAAAAUGAAACUCAACAGGCAAUUGAUAUUCUGUGCACUAGCUGUUCUAGCUGAAGAGCGUAAACCAAUAGAAUGUUUGGAUGCAUUUGGUGCCACUGGUAUAAUGGGAUUACAAUGGGCAAAGCAUCUCAGAAAUUCCGUGAAAGUUACAAUUAAUGAUUGUAAUGAAAAUUCUGUGACAAUGAUUCAGGAAAACUGCCAUUUAAACAAAAUGAAGGUGAAACUGAACACUAAGGAAGAAAACAAUGACGAAGCUUUGGGAGGUGGAGAACAAAAUACUGACACCAUUGAGGUGACAAAAAUGGAUGCCAAUGUUAUAAUGCAUAUGAGGUCAUUUGAUUUUAUACAUUUGGACCCAUUCGGAACUUCUGUGAAUUACCUGGAUUCUGCCUUUAGAAAUGUGAGAAAUCUUGGAAUCGUGUCCCUGACAUCCACAGACAUCAGUUCUCUGUAUGCAAAGGCUCAGCACGUUGCCCUGCGUCAUUACGGAUGUAACAUUGUCCGAACAGAGUACUACAGGGAGCUGGCGGCCAGAAUAGUAAUUGCUGCUGUGGCAAGAGCUGCAGCUCGCUGUAACAAAGGCAUUGAAGUUUUACUUGCGGUAGCUCUAGAGCACUUUGUUCUAGUAGUGGUCAGAGUUUUAAGGGGACCAUCUCCAGCGGAUGAUUCAGCAAAGAAAGUAAGAUACCUAAUCCACUGCCAGUGGUGUGAAGAGAGAAUCUUUCAGAAAGAGGGUAAUAUGGUAGAAGAAAACCCUUAUCAGCAGCUGCCUUGUGAUUGUCACGGCAGUAUGCCUGGGAAGACAGCAGUAGUUCUUGGUCCCCUCUGGUCAGGAGCCCUUUUUAAUACUGGAUUCCUCAGAAGAAUGCUGUUUGAGGCAGUCCAGUAUGGCUUAGAUGAAACUCAGCCGCUUUUGAAGACGUUAGUUUGUGAAGCUGAGUGUACAACUUUAAAGAAUUUUUCUACCCAUGGUCCUUACGAUGAGAACAAACAAGAAGAGUGUGGUGUAUAUAUUAAAACACCAGAUACUUCAGCAGAAUCCUGCGUGUUACAUGGAAAAAGAAAAAAUAAUGAAGUGGUGCGAAAUACAGCCAAGCGACAAAAAUCUGACAACAGUGCUGAGCACCCUGCAUUCUACUACAACAUCCACAGACACAGUAUUAAAGGAAUGAACAUGCCAAAGUUAAAUAAGUUCUUAAACUAUCUCUCUGAAGCUGGAUACAGAGUCAGUAGGACCCACUUUGAUCCUAUGGGAGUUCGCACAAAUGCACCCUUGGCGCAAUUUAAGACUAUUCUUGUGAAGUACAGCACUCCCACAUACACUGGGGGGCAGGCAGAAGGCCCUCUCCAUCUCACUGAAGAUGUCCACAUGGGAGACCAGGUUCCAGCUGCUGCAGAUACUAAAUCUGAAGACGCUGAAUUUCUGGAAGAUAAUAAAUCUGGAGACGCUGAAUUUCUGGAAGAUAAUAAAUCUGGAGAUGCUGAAUUUCUGGAAGAUAAUAAAUCUGGAGACACUGCCACCAUGUUCACAAACGACUGCCCUAUUCACUGUGCAGCUGAUUAAUGCAAAUCGUCUUGGUCAGGACUUGGCAACUACACCCUGUUUGAGUACGCCCGUACUUCUUACAGAAAGAACUGCAUUUUGACAGUUUGAAGCACCUGCUAUUUUCAUUUGAGAAGGCAGUUUAGAAUUAUGUAGCAGAAUUUACCACUGAACACAGUGUGUGUGGUCAAGGUACUCUUACUGUGGGAAAGCCUCUAGACAGCUCUUUCAUGCUCACAUCCACUUCUACACCAAGGCAUUGUGGUUACCCCCAAGUCUUUGUACAGCCUUAUUCAAACUGCUAGAACAGAAUCCAGAAGAGCAGAUGGGGCCGAAAGUCUUACGUGUUUCUGAACAUAAGCUUGGUAUGAAACGGACUACCAUUCCUAAACCCUGACAUAUUAAAAAUCAGAGUGAGGUCACGUUAAGAUGGUAAAAUAGUACAGAAUGAAAUGUGAUGUGAACUGAAGCAAGCAAGAAAUUGCUAACUCAGUGCCCUUCUAGCUCCACAUUGCUUGUGUAAUUGGGCCUUCAGUUCCAACUUUGUAGUUCUACCUACAGGCAAGAUCCUAACACAAGUGAGAACAGAAAGGAAUGGUUACAAAACUGUUACAUAAACUUCAGUUCUUAACCAAACUUCAGUGAUUUGUGUUUAGUCACACUAGGUAAUUGUCAGAGAUUAAAUUUGGUUGUAUACCAUGAGAAGAAACAGUGACCAGACGCAAGUCAAAAUUCUGGAAAAAUACGUUCAUAAUACAAUCUUUGCUGUUAAAAGAUCUCUUCAGUGAAUGAGCAAAGAUGCAGUGUGUUGGUAGUCAUUUCUGAUUUCCUUAAAUAUAUGGCAGCAUUCCAGCCAAAUAAGCUUGACUUUGUCCUUUUUCCCCCCCCCCCCCAAAAUAACACUUUUUUUUUUCAGAUACCUGCAUAUGUUUCACUUGACUAUCGCAUUUGAAGUAGUAAUUCCAGUUUUUCACAGGAUUGGUGUGCAGCCUAGCCCAGUGCCAGGUUCUCUGAAGAGAUGGUGGUGAGGGAUUAUUCUUAUUUUCCCAUCUCAGAAGCUUUCAUUAAGAGCAUUAAUUGUCUCUCAUUGACAACUGAGUGCUGAAUAAGAGUAUUAUGACAGAUACAAUCCUGAUAGUGCAAAACUUAAUAAGCUCCUCUCAGUCCAGAAUUAUUACUGCCUGUUAUAACCAUCUUAAAUUCAUGACUGCUUCUCUAAGAGUUAUUUUCAUUUAUUGCCUUCAAAAAUGUAGUGCUUUUCCAAGGAUAACUUGAGAUCAACUUGGAAAGA